AUGGCCCUAUCCAUCGAGAGAUGCGCGAAUGAGGUGCUCGGCGUCUUCACCGGCGCGGUGCCCUCCGCCGACUGCGUCAAGUUCGCCGUCAGCAAAGGCCUGUCCGCCGGCAUCAUCGGCGGCGCGGCGAUGGUCAAGGUUCCCCAGAUCCGCCGCAUCAUCGCCGCGAAAUCGGCGCAGGGCCUCCAGUUCAACAUGUUCCUCAGCGAGGUCGUCGCCGGGACCGUCUCCAUUGCCUACUUCGCCCACAACGACAUGGCGCUCGCGUCGUACGCGGAGAUGUUCUUCGUCCUCUUCCAGAACCUCGCGAUCCUCGCCCUGAUGCUCAUACUCGGUCGCAAGGGUGGUCAGCGCAAAUCCAUCGUCUCCGGCGUUCCCGGCCUCAUCCCACACGCCGCCGGGUACGCGUUCGCCGCGAUGAUCAUCGCCAUCGCGCCGGGUGAUUUUCUGGAGACGCUGUACAACUGCACCACCGCCGUGCUCGUCCUCGGCCGCGCGCCGCAGAUCUGGGGCAACCACAAGGCCAAGUCAACCGGCGAGCUCAGCGCCACGACGCAGUUCCUCAUGACCGCGGGCAGCGCCGCGAGGGUGUUCACCACCCAGCAGGAAGGCGGGUCGAGCUCGAUGGUUUUCGCCUUCGCGCUCAGCGCGGGCAUGAACGCGCUGCUCUUGCUCCAGAUGUUCCUCUACCGGCCCAAGAAGGCGAAGGGCACCGUGAUGAAAGGUGGGGUGAGGAAGUCCACCAGGACCCCGAAGAAGAAGCAGUAUUAA